ACUUCUCCGCGCUCGGGCUGGAGCCGGGCCGCGACGUGGACCUAGGGCAGCUGGAGCAGGAGAGCUGCCUGGAUGGCUGGGAGUUCAGCCAGGACGUCUUCCAGACCACCAUCGUGACCGAGUGGAAUCUGGUGUGUGAGGAUGACUGGAAGACGCCCCUCACUGCCUCCCUGUUCUUCGUAGGCGUGCUCCUUGGCUCCUUCGUGUCCGGACAGCUAUCAGACAGGUUUGGAAGAAAGAACAUUCUCUUCGCAACCAUGGCUGUGCAAACUGGCUUCAGCUUCCUGCAGAUUUUCUCCAUCAACUGGGAAAUGUUCACAGUGCUGUUUGUCAUCGUGGGCAUGGGCCAGAUCUCCAACUAUGUGGUGGCCUUCAUACUAGGAACAGAAAUCCUUGGCAAGUCAGCUCGUAUUAUAUACUCCACCUUAGGAGUGUGCACAUUUUUUGCACUUGGCUACAUGCUGCUGCCCCUGUUUGCUUACUUCAUCAGAGACUGGCGGAUGCUGCUGCUGGCGCUGACUCUGCCCGGGGUCCUGUGCGUGCCUCUGUGGUGGUUUAUUCCUGAAUCUCCUCGGUGGCUGAUAUCCCAGAAAAGAUUUAAAGAGGCUGAAGACAUCAUCCAGAAAGCUGCAAAGAUGAACAAUGUGGCUGUACCUGCAGUGAUAUUUGACCCUAUAGAGCUACAGGAGCUCGCCUCUUUGAAGCAGCCAAAAGUUUUCAUUCUGGACCUGUUCAAGACCUGGAAUAUUGCCAAAAUAACCAUUAUGUCUUUGCUGCUUUGGAUGCUAACCUCAGUGGGCUACUUCGCCCUGUCUCUCAAUGUCCCUAAUUUACAUGGAGACACCUACUUGAACAGUUUCCUCUCUGCCUUGAUUGAAGUUCCAGCUUAUAUUAUGGCCUGGCUGUUACUGCGCAAACUGCCCAGGCGUUAUAUCAUAGCUGCGGUUCUCUGCUUUGGAGGAGGUGUGCUCCUCCUAAUUCAGCUGGUACCUCUAGAUUACAGCUUCUUGUCCGUUGGUCUGGUGAUGCUGGGGAAAUUUGGGGUCACCUCCGCCUUCUCUAUGCUGUAUGUCUUCACUGCGGAGCUCUACCCAACAAUGGUCAGGAACAUGGCGGUAGGCAUCACCUCCAUGGCCUCCAGGGUGGGCAGCAUCAUCGCUCCCUACUUUGUCUACCUCGCUGCUUACAACAGACUCCUGCCCUACAUUGUCAUGGGCAGUAUGACUGUCCUCAUCGGAAUUGUCACGCUUUUCUUCCCCGAAAGCUUUGGAGUGACGCUACCAGAGACCUUAGAACAGAUGCAGAAAGUGAAAGGCAGCGAUUGUAUUUUCAGGUUCAGAUCUGGAAAAAAGUCAAAGGACUCAACGAAAAGAGAAGAAAAUCCCAAGGUUCUAGUAACUGCAUUCUGAUAACAUUUGUCCUGCACUUGCCGAACUGAGAGACAGCUAAGUGCCUGAGGCUCUGUGAAGAAGCCGAAGCCUUUCCUGCUGAGAUGGACUGACAGUGACAAGCAACACUGAAGCAGAGCUGACUUGUCAUCUCAUAGACUCGGGACCGCCCUUCCAGAUAAUCUCCUUGUUUUUAAAAACAAAGAUUUCCAGAGAGUCCUGACUAAUUAAUUCUAUGAUACGCAUUCGUAAGACUUUUUGAAAAUGUGUUAGUCGAGGACUGGCAAAAUCCAUAUAUGUCCCAACAUACCAAUACCAUACAAAUAAAAAGGUCACUGCAUUAAUGCAAUUGUUA